CCUUUAUAUCAACGUCCGCUGUCGCUGUUACUACUACUAGUUUCACAAGUGUCUCUUUGCCCUACCCACGCACUUUGACACCACCACCACCACCACCACUACCAUCACAACUGUCUCUGCUAAUACUUUUUUGUCAGUUAUUCCACUCAGAUCGCAGAAUCUAGCUACAACAACAACAACACUGACAAUCACAGAUGACCAACACCACUCUCAGUGUGGUACCCACCACCACUGACGACUACCAGUAUACCCACCACUACCUACAACAGCUACUCCUACUAUUUCGACGCAGAUUUGUUCCAAUCCGUCACCACUGUGUCACCGUUCGUCACCACUACCAACAUCUAACACCACCACCAACAACAACAACAACAACAACUACACGUGCAAACAAAAAUUUACACGUGGUCGCUCGAUCUGUUAAAUAUAACAGCUAAAUUCCCAUUAGCUUACAUUUUAAGAUAAAAACAGAUACGUUGGAUUAUUAUACAAGACGGGUUUAUUUUGCGUGAUAUGAUCACAGCUGGAAUGUCUUCGAUGAUACGUCUGCUCGACCUAGGCUGACCUGGGGCAAAACAAAGAACAACAACGUCAAUAAUACUACGUAUCCAGCCACCUCUACUGCCAAUAGCACCACUACCACUACCACUAAUAAUACUGACAACAAUUACAACAUUAGUGUUAUACAACAUCAAAAAUAACUUUCAACAUCAACAAAGGCAAAUAGCAUUAACAUCAACUGUUGCCACUGUACACAGGGAAGGUGUUGUUCCCGCCACCGCCGAUGCAAAAACGAAGACCACCACCACUACCACCAGCGCUACCACUCUUAGAACCAUCAUCUCUACUACACUAUUGCAGUACCAACAUUUCAACUGCCUAAUACUGCGUCUCGAUCCAAUUUCCUGUCAAUCUCCAACACGCCACUGCUACCACCACCGCCAUCACCACCACACCACCACCACCACUCCUCCUCCCCUCCUCCGAACCGUCUUCGCAGCAAUAUAGGCCCCUGGACAAAUCAAUGCACUGGAUCCUAUAUUUAUUAUUUACCGAAAGCAAACUACGUCAUACAUAGAUAAGUAUUGGGGGGACUAGGCCUGUGAGGGCCCUGGGCAACUGCCCAGUGUGCCCAUGCCUUAAGACACUACUACUACCCGGAUCACAUGGACCACCUGAUGGACACGGCAGGAUGAUGUAUUGAGUCCCAGCACAGUAAACUCGGCAUGCCGAAAAUCUCAAUCUCCUGCCGGCUUCACUACGGUUUCUAUGGAAACAGAGAGGGGCCGCAUCCAGCGAGACGCGUCGGCAGCGUUUCGGAGGGUCACUCGACCGUGGAGACAGCGCGGAUGGCGACGACAGCUGUGAGUCACUUCCGGGGACAAACCACAACACAGGAUUUUGGUUUGACUGAAGAAAGAAAAGUACACAUCGAUGCACAGAAGGAAAACAUGGUGUCAACACUGACUGUUGGCUGUUUAGCUAACUCCCGAAAUGGAUUUAACUGUAAUGGGUUAUGGAAGGGUACCAGAAGACUUUCGAUCAAAAACUGCAGCAAGGAACCUCAGAAGCAAGAAAGUAUUCUCAUUGAUUCUGAUAACCCUGAACACAUUCCUCAAUGCAACACAGAUUUCUCAAAAUCUACAGAAAUCACAGAUAAAGGACAUCACUUCACCAGUUCUUGUACACUUGCUGCAAAUUCUAAGUGUGCAAUAUUGAAAACAUUAUCUCCUGUUAACCAUGAUGACAAAAUCUCUGGGAAUGUAUCAUUUAAUGAAAAUCCUCAAAUGACAAGAGAUUGCAGAAGCCAGGAAACUGACAUUGAAUCAGAAUACUUAAAUGAACUUUGUCAUAAGAAAGUAUCACCUCAGACUUGUAUGGAAUUGGAUAGGGAGACAUAUAAAUGCCUUAGAGAAAAAAAUGCUCCAUCUGUCAAAGCAGAUUCUGAUGUUAUUGCUCAAGAUAAGGUGAUAAAGGGUAGCAGUCUGUUCCACCCAGCAAAACCUCAGGAAUGCAACACUGCUAUUAAAAGUGAUAGUUUGAUUUCAAAUGAAACACAGGAGUUGAAAGAUGGAGACUGCUCGAUGAAAAAAUCAGAGUGGUCCAUGGAACUAUCAUCAUAUCCUGUUGAAACAUUCAUUAUUAGAACUAACCCUGUGGCCAGAAAUUUCUGCUCAAUGUUAAAAGAUACGAGCUCAGUUCUUGGUUCCAAGUGUAAAGAAACAAAAAUGGAAGAUUGUCAACAGACGUCUUUAAGGGAAUCAAACAUCCAAACAAAUAUAAUAAAAAGUUCAUUUGCCACAAUAAAUCUUGCACCUUGUCAAGGGGCCAUUAAUAAUGUCAACAGCAGUAUUAAAACAAUAUCUAGCAAACACACUUUAGAGGAACCUGUUUCUCUGAAGUUGGCUUUUGCAGAUGGCACAAAAACACAGACUAACUUCUUAAACGACAACAACAGCAGUAGUAGUAAUAGUAGUUGCAGUUCUGAAAAGCAUGAAGCUGUGAGUUUCGGACAUCAAAAUGGGUUACAGCUACAGAAGAAUGGUGAGACGUUUCCAGAAACCUCAGAAGAAUCACAAGAAUUGGGUGUUUCAGAACUGAAGAGACAUCAGCAAUGGAAAGAGCAAUGUUGUUCCACUGAACAAGAGAGAGCACCAGCAGUCAGAGUUGACUUAGAAGAUGUUACAGUGAAGGCUGGUUCUUCGGCUGUCUUUGAAUGGAAAGUGGAUGGUUUCCCACAACCCAGUCUGCUCUGGAAACACAAUGAUGUGAUACUAACAGAGAAUGAGUUAUACAAGAUUUGCUAUGAUGGUCAAUCUGCCAUUCUACAGUUGCAGGAGUCACUUGCAGAAGACGCAGGAACCUAUGUAUGUACAGCGACAAAUAGGGCUGGUUCUUGUGAAACAAAGGCAGAACUUUCUGUGCUUGGCAUCCCACCAACAAUAGUACAGUCUAUAGAAACUGUGACGGCACUGAGGGGGAGCCCCGCUCGGUUGCAGUGUUGUGUCACAAGUGACCCUGAAGCUACAGUUUCAUGGAAAUUCAAGGGCAAAGAAAUUCAUUCAGAUGGCCGCAUCCAGAUAACUCAAGAUAGUGACCUACAUUACCUUGACAUCAGUCAUGUGAUGCCAGAAGAUGAUGGCUGCUACGAGUUCACAGCUACUAACCCAUUGGGUAACUUAACAUGCACAAGUUACAUUAUAGUUAAAGAAAAUCAAGAGACUUUUCAAGAAUUCCAAGCAAUUCCUAAAUUCACUGAAGGAAGUAAAUUCAGCACCAGUGAAUCCAGAGAAGGCAUUGGAACCAAUGAUACCAGUGAAACCUGUCUGCCAAAAUAUUCCAGCUUUUCUUCCAGUCCUACUUCAAACCACACACCAGCAACCAAUGUUGUGCUUGCUAAAAAUUAUCUUUCUAGUCGACUGCAGAGCCUUGCAGGUUCAAGUUCUGCAACAGACCCUCCAAAUAUUUUGUUCAGGAGUUGUAACCAACGGGGACUAAUACAGGGAAUAUUUGGUGUACCAGGAAUCUGCAAGGGAGAAAGCAAGAGUAAUACUGAAAACAGAAUGGAAAAGACUGUUUGUUGCCCUCAGUUCGGAGAACCUGGGGAAGAAAUGUCCCAGAUGAGGUCAUUUAAUUCUGAAGACAAUGUUUCUAGGAUAUUUACCAAUAUUACAGGAAACUUUACCACUGCUUCGGAAAAGUUUACCUCAGCUUCAGAAAAAUAUACCUCUUCCUCAGGGAACUUUACCACUGUUCCAGGGAAAUCUACCACUGUUCCUGGAAGAUUUACAUCUGUUUCGGAAAACUUUACCAUUGCCUCGGGAAAAUUUACAGAUACCUCAAGCAACUUUACUACAGAAACUUUACAACCUCAGAUAGUUUUUGCCCGGCAAUAUCGUAAGGAAGAUACUUACAGCCUCCGGUCAGAGUCGACAGUUAAAUCUCCCCAUUCAGACAGAUUACUCAAGCAAUUCACAGCAUCAGCAAGUAAAGAAAAGGAACUUGCUCAAGGACUGAGAGCUGCUGUUGAGAAAAAACUCAAGAUGACAUCAUACAAUAACAUUGAUGAUGAAGAUCAAUUGGAGAAGAUGUUGGAGAAAGUGGACAACUUUGAAGAACGGAAGAAGAUUCGUGCACGACUUCGGGAAAUUAGAGACAAGCAGAUGAGCUCACCAAAAGAGGGAACUGAGAAAUCAGGGGACUCUACAGAAGUUGAGGCCAAUAAGAACAAGGAUUGUUCAGAAACCAGUAAAUCUGGUGAAGGUGAUAAAGAGAAUAUUGACCCACAACAAGAGGUAACUGAGAAAUCAGGGGAUUCUACAGAAGAUGACAUUAACAAAAACAAGAAUUGUUCAGAAACCAGUAAAACUGGUGAAAAUGAUAAAGAGAAUAGUGAUUCACCAAAAGAGGGAACUGAGAAAUCAGGGGAUUCUAUAGAAGAUGAUGUCAAUAAGAACAAGGAUUGUUCAGAAACCAGUAAAUCUGGUGAAAGUGAUAAAGAGAACAUCGACUCACCACAAGAAGUAACUGAAAAAUCAGGGAAUCCUACUGAAGAUGACGUAAAUAAGGACAAAAAUUCUUCAGAAAACAAUAAAAUCGCUGAAGGUGAUAAAGAGAAUAUUGACUCACCAAAAGAAGGAACGGAUAAAUCAGGGAAUUCUACAGAAGAUGGUGGCAAUAAGAACAAGAAUUGUUCAGAAAAUAGUAAAACUGAAGACUCACCAAAAGAGGGAACUGAGAAAUCAGGGGAUUCUACAGAUGAUGUCAAUAAGAACAAGGAUUCAGAAACCAGUAAAUCUGGUGAAGGCGAUAAAGAGAAUAUUGACUCACCAAAAGAGGGAACUGAGAAAUCAGAGGAUUCUACAGAUGAUGUCAAUAAGAACAAGGAUUGUUCAGAAACCAGUAAAUCUGGUGAAGGUGAUAAAGAGAAUAUUGACUCACCAAAAGAGGGAACUGAGAAAUCAGAGGAUUCUACAGAUGAUGUCAAUAAGAACAAGGAUUGUUCAGAAACCAGUAAAUCUGGUGAAGGUGAUAAAGAGAAUAUUGAUGAAUGCAAUGAGUCUAAGACAGAUUCAAAACAGAAUCAAGAAGAGAAGACAGAUACACAGACUGUGGUCACCAAAGAUGGUAGUGGUGGUAUGAAAGAAUGUACUGAAACCAAAACUGUAUCAGCUGAUGGAACUACAACUACAGUGACCAAAAUGACCAAAAUUGUUUCAGGCAAUCCCUCAAUGAGUUCCACAAUAAUUGCUGGUGGUGCUGGAUCACAAACCACAACAACUGAAGUACAAACUGCUGCAGAUGGCACCAAAACUACAGUCAUUAAAAAGACACAGACAGUAACAAAGACUGUCGCUGGCCCAGGAGCUGGAGGCAUGGCUGCCAAUGCUCCAAAAGGAGGGCUUGCUGCCCCUGCCAAGCCUGUUACUCGAAGCCCCAGUGCCAUUAAACAGAUGUUAUUGGAAUGGACUAAAGCUAUGACACAAGAAUAUGCUGAUAAAGUUGUGAUCACAAAUUUCUCCAGCAGUUGGGCCAAUGGAUUAGCAUUCUGUGCCCUUAUUCACCAUUUCUACCCUGAAUCUUUCGACUUCUAUGCCUUGGACCCUAAAAAGAGGAGAUAUAAUUUUGACCUGGCAUUUCAGACUGCUGAGAAAUGUGCUGACAUUGCCCCAUUGCUGGAUACAGAUGACAUGGUAAAAAUGCAGAAACCUGACUGGAAGUGCGUGUUCACAUAUGUGCAAAGUUUCUACCGAAAACUUCAGAAACAUGAGAGGAACAAAGCAAUGCCAAAAGCAUGAGAUCAACCCGUCAGCAUUUUAAUCAGGCUUAGCCCCACCCUCCCUGUAGCUGUGGAGAGAAGAUGAAUGAAAAGUAAAGAAAACUGCGGAGGGUGUGGGUUGGGGUUGGGUUUUUUUAUGGGCUUGCAAUUAAGGGUUGGUUGGUUGGUUGGUUGGUUGGUUGGUUGGCUUGUAGAACUGCUUGCCUUAAGGAUCACUUGAAAAAAGAAUAUUUAUUUUUUUCAAGGACAAGAGAAAAACAAAAGAAAGAAAAAUAAACAAAAAAAAAUUUUUUUUGUCAAUUUGUUUUGAAAUUUUAACUUAUAAAAAGAAAACAAAAACCAAAAAAAUGAACAAAAAAUAUAUUUAAUAAUAAUAACGAUGAUGAUGGUGAUGAUGAUGAUUAUGCUUUCACGAAAUCGGACAGCUUUGUUAUUGAACAAUUACGUUACCGCUGUUUUUCUGAGAGAAUUUCUGCUGGAGCUUAGUUUAAUAAGGUUUCUUGUUUGUUAAACAAUAAAAGCCAGUGUUGCCGUUA